AACGGGAACAACCUGCAAGCACAUCAGGUAUCGGGCGUAAACCAUAACUUGCGACCAAGCAUCAACGUCCACGACGCGCGUGGGACAGCAUCGCCACCACCAUGGACGUCUCCCAGGACUUCAAGUCCUUUCAGGAGAAGGUUCAAGCUGCUCUUGUCGCCGCGACGAGGUCAGCAAACCAGAUCGCCGCCGAAGACCUGAGCUUCCAGAAGACCAGCAACCCCGCUGUCGAGGAGCAACUCAACGAGACAAGCGAGCGCCUUUUGGCAUUGGCGUCGUCUUUGCUCAAGUCUGCAUCUCAAAAGACAGAUUUGCGCGCUCCCAACCUCGAAGAUGCCGACGACGUUGAUGUACACUGGACGCGAGUGGUCGACAUUAUCGACAAUCUCCUCGAAAAGGCCGAUACCUGCCUGGACGAUUACACAGGCUUGAUCAAGAGGAACAAUGCGCCUGCCGACGAUUCUAACGCUGCUACGAAAAAGCCCAGCAAACCCGUCGCCCUCGACAAAGGCCUGCGCAACGCCAAUGUCCUCAAGCCCCAAGACAAAUUUGAGGUCCGGCCCGUCAAUUCGAGUACCAAUGCCUGGGCACCGAAGCUCACGAGAAAGCCGCAUGCGAAGAUCAGCCUCGACAAGAGCCUUCAGAGCACUGUGGAUGGUUCAUCGAGACAUCCGUACGAGAGCGAGAUUCGCGAGCUCUCGUUCCCCACGCGUAUCUUCAAAGAAGCCGAGCCGAUCAAGUACAAACCUAUAGAGGACACUUCGGCCACCUUUGUUGACACUUACGAAGGCGUUCUGGAAAUGCUGGGAGAGCUGCGGACCGCAAAGGAAAUUGCCAUCGAUACAGAGCAUCACGAUUUCCGGACAUACCAGGGAUUGCUCUCACUGAUGCAGAUCAGUACGAGAGACAGGGAUUGGAUUGUCGAUACUCUGCAGCCCUGGCGCCACAAGCUGGAGGUAUUGAACGAAGUAUUUGCAGAUCCUAACAUCAUCAAGGUUCUGCACGGCGCGUACAUGGACAUAAUAUGGCUACAGCGAGACUGUGGACUCUACAUUGUCGGUCUCUUUGACACUUAUGAAGCAUCAGUGUCUUUGGGAUACCCUCACCGGAGCUUGGCAUAUCUGCUGAAGAAGUUUGUCGAUUUCGAUGCCGACAAGAAGUACCAAAUGGCAGACUGGAGGAUACGGCCCCUUCCGGAGGAAAUGCUGUACUACGCACGAUCCGAUACCCACUACUUGCUCUACAUCUACGACAUGCUGCGCAAUGAUCUAGUGCAGAAGUCUGACAGAACGAUCCCGGAGAAUGAUCUGAUUAGUGCUGUGCUAGAUAGGUCAAAGACGACUUCUUUGCGUCGAUUCGAACUCCCGGAGUACGACGCUGAACAUGGCCAAGGUCCCAACGGCUGGUUCAAUUUACUGCUCAAGCACUCUAGCGGCAGGCUCACAAGUGAGCAGUUCGCGGUCCUGCGCGCGAUGCAUCAAUGGAGGGAUGAGCUAGCCCGCCGGGAGGACGAGAGCACAAUGUUUGUCAUGAGCAACUCGACGCUUUUCAACAUCGCCAGAGAACUCCCUGCAGAUCCGAAGGCGCUGCACAGCUUACUGCCCAAGAACACUGCUCACAUAGUCAAACGCGACGCCGAAAAUCUAUUCAAGAUCAUCGCUGAGGCGAAGAUUGAUGGCGCCAACGGCCCGACCGUAGCACAAGUCUUCCGUGCUGCAAAUGGGUCGUCGGUGGGAGUUGGCGAAGUAGCCAAGACUGUCUUCCCUCACUUGACGGCUGGCAACAUGACCAGCAUCACAAAAAGCCAGGAUCUAGUGUCUGAAGACUCACAGCUCUGGGGUAACGUGCCUAUCAGCAGCCGGUGGGAGGUGUCCCGAGGCAACAUUAGCAAUGCAGCACGAAUGGAGUUUGCCCUCCCCUGGGCGCAUUUUGUCGAGAACGCGGAAGUCGGCAGUGAGCAGCUUGCGCUGCCGUCAGAGUCCACAUCCAUCCCGUCUCGGGUCAAGCCAGAGGACAAGCUGCCAGAAGAGGAGACAGAAAAAGCGGAUGAGGACUUCACUCUGCGAGCAGGGUUGAAACGCAAGACACCGGCGCCUGAUUCAGACUCUGACUCGUCGUCCUCGGACGACGGGGCAUCGGUGCUCACGCCAGGCAAAGCUUCUGCCCAGGUCACAGACCUUGACGAUGACGAGAUUGCAGUACCGGGAUCUAGCGAUGAAGAAGGCGGCAAGCAGAACCGGAAAGCCCGGAAGGCCAAGAAGAAGGCUGAGAAGGAGGCGGUCCGUGCCGCGCGCAAAGCCGCCAAAGACGCGAAGAAGGCUCAGAAGAAGGUUGAGCAGGCAAACGCCACAGAGUCCAAGGUCGAGUCAGAAGAGGAGGAAGCUUUUGACUACAGUAAGGCCAAGUCAGUGCUGAAACGGAGUGCUGGCGCACAAGACGACGCUGGCAAGAGCAAGCGGUUUAACCCUUACUCUUCGCUGAGCGCUGAGGGCCCCAAGGCGGCACGCAAAAUGCAUGGCGAGAAGCCCGGCAAGAGUCACACAUUCAAGCGGUAAAGAAGUGUGCAUGCUCGGAUACUGUCUAAAAGCUGCAUUCGUUGUUGUUUUUUGCGCGCGCAUUUUGUUCGAAACUUCAGCAUCAAGACGGCGUUGUCAUUUCUGGUGGUUUCAGUCAAGAUAUCAGGCGAAGAGCCAGACCUACGAUAGAGGAUUAGGAGAACAGGCACCUACAUUAUCGCAAUAAACAAGCCCCCCCUG